GCCUAUAUCUCCAUACCUUCGACCUGAUACGCAUCGCUAGCGGGAGUGUCAAUAUCUCAGAGCCCUAAUUCUCGUAUCAAUGUGUGGCGUUACUUCUGGUCUGUAUCUCGUCUUUAAUAUUAAUGAUAGCCUGUCUGCUCUGCAGCCUUAAUGGUUUUUCGGAUAUACAGCCAGUAACCGGCCGGCAUGUUCCACCAGAGGAUCUCAAUGCAGGUCUAUAGAAGAACGAUAUCAGUCCAUUCGGCGGAGAUCCUGAUGAAUCGCAGCUCGAGUACCGACUGGACAGUCACCGCGGUCAUAGGUGACUAUAUGGGGGAGAUCCGCAGGUGCAGGCAGCUUGCAGUCCCACCACAUCCACUUCAGAGCAACGGCUACUCCAUGCAAAUAUCAUGAAUUUCUACACGAUCCCCUUCAAGACAACUUCGUCAGCGUCGAUGUACGAUAAAUUCAUAAACUUGGCAAGUCAUAUCCCAGCGCCUUCAAGCGACUGGGUGCGAAGAAAGCCUGGGUCGUUAAGUGCUAGUGGUUCGGCGUGGGCUCAGCUGUUUGCUAAGCGUUAGCUGUAUAUUCAACGUUUCUGUAUACCGCUCCCCCAUACGCGACAUCCACCCUUACGAGCGAGCGCAUCAACGACCAGCCCUGACAACCGGCCUCUCUUGCAUGCGCCUAUGCUUGGGAGGAAAAACCUCAACGAGGGUACCCAGCUCUCUGCAGCCUUUCCACCCCACCCGCCAUUGAGAAUGGCGUCUUCGAUAGCUAUAUCCGCGAGCUGCUUGUCUCAGACUUCUCGACGGUCAAUAACGGCACCUUCGCAACGAUCCACACACCGUACCCCGCGAACGAACCCACGCUCGGCACAAGCGACAGCCUGUACGAG